AUGGGAGCGUAUUGCCCCUGCCCCCUAAUCACCCCUGAACAGCUGGCGGACGUCAAAGAACAGGUCAUUCAACGGGCUGUUGACGGUUUAAAGGCAGAAGGGAUAAAAUAUGUCGGUGUUCUGUACGCUGGAAUGAUGGUCACAAAAUCGGGUCCAAUGACGCUGGAAUUCAACUGUCGCUUCGGAGACCCCGAGACCCAAGUCCUCAUGAUGUUACUGGAGACUGACUUGUACACAAUCAUGAAGGCGUGCGUCGGUGGUACACUAAAACAAGUGCAAGUGAAGUGGGAGACUGAAAAUUGUGCGGUUGGGGUUGUCAUCGCCUCGAAAGGGUAUCCUGAGACGUCCACUAAGGGUUGCGUCAUAAGUGGUCUUUCCCAAGUGCAAAAUCGCCCCAACACAGUGGUGUUCCACAGUGGGGUGGCCCGCGGUGCUAACGACUCUCUAGUCACAGCUGGUGGUCGCGUUCUACUAGUGGCGGCGAAGAGAGGUUCCUUGAGAACGGCUGCAUCCGUUGCAACGUCCGCCGCUGCUGCUAUAGACUUCCCAGGUGCUCAGUACAGGAAGGAUAUAGCUCACAAAGCUUUUUCGAAACUGAACGGCCUCUCCUAUCUUGAGGCAGGUGUAGAUAUUGAUGCGGCAGCUCAACUCGUACGCACGAUUGAACCUGUAGCAACUGCAACACAUCGGAGAGGUGUGCUCGGCCGUCUCGGAUGCUACAGCGGCCUAUUUCAGUUAUCCGCUAUGGACUCGCGUUUCAAGGAUCCCGUGUUGGUGCAGGGAACUGAUGGGGUUGGCACAAAACUUAAGAUUGCCGAAAUAACGCAAAAGUACGACACGCUGGGCCAAGAUCUAGUCGCGAUGUGCGUGAACGAUAUUCUGUGCGCGGGCGCAGAACCGUUCGCGUUCCUCGACUAUAUGGCGUGUGGGAGACUACAGCUGAACACGGCGACCGAAAUUAUAAAGGGCAUCGCGCACGCUUGCGCGUUGUCUGGGUGUGCUUUGCUAGGUGGUGAAACGGCAGAAAUGCCCUCAAUGUACGACGUUGGGAAGUACGAUCUGGCUGGAUUCGCUGUUGGAGUGGUGGAUAACAUGAAGCAACUACCACGGAUGAAGGAGAUCAGAGGCGGUGACGUGGUCCUUGCUUUUCCAUCUACUGGAGUCCACAGCAACGGGUACAGUCUCGUCCAGAAGAUUAUGGCCGAGACGGGGCACAGUUUCCACGAGAAAGCGCCCUUCAGUACAACGAACAAAACGUUUGGCGAGGAGUUCUUGGAGCCGACCGGAAUAUACGUUAAGGCUUUGAUGCCAGCCGUCAAGAAGGGCCUGGUCAAAGGCCUGGCACACAUAACCGGCGGUGGGCUCUUGGAGAACAUACCGAGGAUUUUGCCGCCCGGCGUCAAAGUCAAACUGGACGCUCUCAAGUUUAAAAUAAAGCCUAUUUUCGGGUGGCUGCAGGCUAAAGGAAUGGUAUCGGACUUCGAAAUGUUACGUACUUUCAACUGCGGUGUGGGAAUGAUCGCUAUCGUGGAUCCCGUCUGCUUGAACGAGUUCCUCUCGACUGUUGACGAUGUUGUCGACGUGGUGGGUUCUGUCCAUGUCAUCGGCAAGGAAGGUGGUCACCAGGUCGUCGUGGACAAUUUCAAACAAGCAAUGGCGCCUUUGGUAACCCCAUACUGCGCAGGAGUUAACGCGCCGCAGAAGUCCCUUUCAUACAAAGACAGUGGGGUGGAUAUAGAAGCUGGAGAUUCCCUGGUAUCGAUGAUCAAGCCAUUGGCCAGGUCCACGUCGAGGUCUGGUGUUCUUGGAGGUCUCGGCGGGUUCGGUGGAUGCUUUCAGUUGAAAGCUAUCGAACAAGAAUACAAGGAUCCAGUCCUCGUGCUGGCUGCAGACGGCGUCGGCACCAAGCUGAAGAUAGCCCAGCUGAUCAACAAGCACAGCACGAUCGGUAUCGACUUAGUGGCCAUGUGCGUCAACGAUAUCCUCUGCAACGGUGCUGCGCCCCUGACGUUCCUGGAUUACUUCGCUUGCGGAUCCCUGGACGUCAAUGUCGCUAAGGACGUCGUCUCCGGCGUCGCAGAAGGGUGUAAACAGUCAUCUGCUGCUUUGAUUGGUGGUGAAACAGCUGAGAUGCCAGGAAUGUACGAAGCUGGUGUUUACGAUAUCGCAGGUUUCGCUCUUGGAGUUGUCGAGAGAACUCACAUUCUGCCAAGAAUAAAUGAUAUUACGGUAGGUGAUAUUGUUAUUGGACUACCCUCAAACGGCGUUCACAGCAACGGAUUCAGUCUCAUUCAUAGCCUUAUGAAGAAAAACAACCUUACGCUCAACGACAAAGCACCGUUCAGUGAAGAAGGACUUACUCUAGGCGAGGAACUGAUAAAGCCGACGAGGAUCUACGUGGGCAGCGUCGUUGGUGCCCUGCAACGUGGCUACGUCAAGGCAGUGGCGCAUAUAACUGGUGGGGGCUUACUCGAGAACAUUCCGAGAGUUAUACCGGAAUCCGUGCGCGUGAGACUUAACGCCCAUUGGUGGAAUGUCCAUCCGGUCUUCGCCUGGAUAGCUGAUGCUGGUACAGUAAAGGACGAAGAAAUGCUGCGCACCUUCAACUGUGGUAUUGGAAUGGUGCUCAUUGUGUCACCGGAACAUCAAGCUGAAGUGAUGAACAUAAGCCGUUCCUUCGGCGCCAUGGUCAUCGGAAGCGUCCAGGCUCGCCCCGCUGGUGGGGCCAGGGUCAUAGUAGAUAAUUUCGCCUCAGCUCUGGACUUCACACGCCGUAUGCCCCUUCUCACAAAUAAAAAGGUGGCAGUUCUAGUUUCUGGCAACGGCAGCAACCUCCAGGCGCUGAUAGACAGCACAAGAGACCGUUCGCAGUGUAUGUGCGCUGAGGUCGCGCUGGUUAUCAGCAAUAAAAAGGACGUGUACGCGCUGAAACGCGCCGAGGAUGCGAAUAUUCCUAGCUUGGUGUUCAACCACAAAGAUUACGCGUCGCGCGAGGAGUUCGACCGCGCUGUGUCGAAGGCUUUGGAGGCUCACCGGAUCGACCUGGUUUGCCUGGCUGGCUACAUGAGGAUAUUGUCUGCAGAAUUCGUUGCCAAAUGGAAGGGCCGCUUGAUAAACAUCCACCCAUCCCUGCUGCCGCGACACCCGGGUUUGCACGCGCAAAGACAGUGCCUGGAAGCUGGUGACACUUUAUCCGGCUGCACGGUCCACUUUGUUGAUGAGGGUAUGGACACAGGUCCAAUAAUAACCCAGGAGCGUGUUCCCGUUCACCCGGAGGACACGGUGGAGACCCUCACAGCUCGCAUCCAUACAGCUGAACACCGCGCCUACCCCCGCGCUCUGCGACUGGUCGCCACCAGCCGAGCAAGGCUCAAUAGUCAAGGGCAAAUUAUCAUGUCUUAA